UUCUCUGUGUGCGUGCGUGUGUGUUUUAUUUGCCGUUCUUCAUUUUCCCGAUAAAAGAGAAAGAAGCUUCUAUCUAUAUUCAUCGUCAGGAAAGAAGGGUCAUCUCAACACACAUGACUUCAGAUUUUGUACUACAAGUUCCUGAUGAGCUGGAGACAGCUCUGCAGUUGAAGACGGUGCAGUACUUGGUUGCACAGAGACCAUGGCUUGAUCUUUAUGGAGUUAAUGUUCGACCUGUUGCACCAUAUGGAAGUGCUAGUAGAAGUGUAAAUGUUGAUCCAGCGUUGAUACACCGUUGCUUGCCUGACGAGCUGCUCUUUGAGGUAUUGCACACCAAGAUCAAACAAAUUAUUAUGUUUGACAAGUUUUCUUUUGGUUUAUUUGCUGCACUUGAAAAGGGCAAAAACUCUGAAGCCAUGGAAGAUGGGAACAUGGAAAAGGGAUUGGUACCUGCUGAAGAUUUAGGCUGUGCAUCUGAAUCUUUUGAAUCAUUGUCAUCUCAGAUGAAUGAGCUAGCUGUUUCUUCAAAUUCCUCUGUAGACCUGGCAGAUUCUUCAAAUAUGGAAUCUCAGCUUGAAGAUAUCGAUAAGAGAAUUCGGGCUCUUAAAAAGAAGACUUCUGGUCAAACAGUAAAAGAUGUUGUGAAAUACAUGAAUUUUCGUGCUUCUAAAACUGAUGUUUUUAAUGGCCGUCACACACUGACAGAUGACGAGAUUGAAGCCGCUUUCAUGUACCCUGGCUUGCCUCCCACCAUGUGGAGAGCCUGCUUGAGGUUGAGAGGAACAACAUUAGGUGCUAACAAUAGGAUGGAUAUACUCUCACUUUCUACAACUAAAGUCAACAGUGAUGGUGUAAUUGAGCCUGAGGAUGAUAUUUCACGGGUAUCUCACAAUAGGGGUCUUGCUCCUUUCACAUUUGUUCCAUUUGAAGAGGUGGAAGCAUCGGUCUUGAACCUGCCUGUGGAAAAGAUGGAUUAUUAUGUACCUGGGUAGCACCUGGACCUUUAUCAUUUGUAAAUAUGUAAAGAUGCCGGAAAGAUAUCUUUGUACCAGAUGGCGUUUUUUCCUUCUGUGUCCAUUUGAUGCUCUAAAAUUGUAUUUAUCAGCUGAAAUGCUGUGCUGUGUACCAAAUGUUGUUAUCUGUUUUGAUAAUGGACACAGAAUUAGAAGCAGCGCACAGACGCUUGACAGUUAA